GAGAGAGAGAGAGAGAGAGAGAGGGAGAGAGACAUGGGUCGGGAAUGUCGUUGCAGUGUGCCAGCAAAGAGACACAGCAGCAGUAGCGAGCAGCAGCGAGUCUUGGCCCUUGUCGGAUGUCUUUUUGUACCUACCGUGUACAACGAUUUUUGGGGGCUGUUUUUUUCUCUCGAUCCCGCUCCUUGUCGCGUUUCCCCUCCCCCUUUUCGACCUCAAGGCGCAGUGUUCUUUUUUUCCCCUUCUUCUUCAUACCUAGGUGUCCUAGUUUAUCUCGCCUCUCUCUUGCGCCCGCCACCUACCAUCAUAUCGAAUCAUAUUCUUACGGUUACACUCCGCGCACCCUGUAAGCGCUGCUGCUUGCUCCACACCUCGACUAGGGAAUACUAGUAUCCAGAUCGACCUAAACGACAGGGGUGUUGUUGUGUGUGGUGGGUGUGAGCUUGUUGCUUUGCUUUCACACAAUUUCCGAUCUUUUUUCUUUUUGUUGCUGUUGUCGGUUUUGACCCCCAAGUACGAUCACGCUCGAAAAGUAUAUAAGACUGCGCGCGCCUGCCCCGUCGCGUUUGUGGUCAAGAUGUCUUCUGGGACUAGAUAUUCUCUGAGGCAGACGCCGAGGAAAAAAGAACUGUUUGAUGGCAUGGUAGAAACGCCUGCUCGCCGCAACACCCGUCGCAAGAAUCAGCCCUCUAUCGCGGAAUCCGACGCCGAGUCUACCUCAGCCUCCGAGACGGUUGCCAGCAUGGCCACCAAAUCUGUGCGCCAGCGUGGCGUCGCCAAGUUCACCGAGCACGUCGACGAGGCGGAAGAGGUUCCUACGGCCCCCACCACCCCCGAGAGCGACUCCUCCAAGCCCCUCCUCGACAAGAAGGUCAAGACCAAUGGCGCCGCCGAGAAGGAGGAGAAGAUUGUCGACGGGUGGAAGCCCGGUAUGGACCCCAAGGUUGACCUCUCGGGCGAGUACGAGUUUGGUGGGCCUUGGUUCGUGUCUGUCAUGAUGAUCGGAUUCCCUCUUCUCAUGUGGUACAUGUGGAUCGGUGCCGAGUACUAUGACGGCAAGCUCCCCCUCCCUGAGGCUGGUCAGUCCUGGACCGACUUUGGCAAGCACCUUUACAACCUCUGCUACACUGGCGCGUUCCCCCAUGCCAAGGCUUGGGCCAUUUACUGGAUCUUUUUCGUUGUGGAGGGUGCCAUGUACUGCCUGAUGCCCGGUGUCUGGGCUUACGGCAAGCCCCUUCCUCACAAGAACGGCGAGCAGCUCAGGUACUACUGCUCGGCCUAUGCCUCGUUCUACACCACUAUCGCCCUCGUUGCCGGCCUUCACUUUUCCGGCAUCUUCCCGCUGUACACCAUCCUCGACGAGUUUGGUCCCCUGCUCAGCGUGUCCAUCUUCAGCGGCUGGCUGGUCUCGUUCAUCGCCUACUUCUCGGCCCUCUACCGCGGCGCCCAGCACCGCAUGUCUGGCAACCACAUCUACGACUUCUUCAUGGGCGCCGAGCUCAACCCCCGCAUGUUUGGCAUUCUCGACUUCAAGAUGUUCUUUGAGGUGCGCAUGCCCUGGUACAUCUUGUUCCUCCUGUCGUGCGCCGCCGCGGCCCGCCAGUGGGACCAGUACGGAUAUGUCUCUGGAGAAGUCGGCUUCCUGGUGCUCGCUCACUACCUUUACGGCAAUGCUACUUCCAAGGGCGAGGAGCUGAUUGUUUCCUCAUGGGACAUGUACUAUGAGAAGUGGGGCUUUAUGUUGAUCUUCUGGAACCUGUCCGGUGUUCCCUUGUCGUACUGCCACUGCACCUUGUAUCUCGCCAACCACGACCCUUCGACGUACAGGUGGAACAGGUAUUUCCUAGUCGCGCUCUAUGUGGCGUACCUGUUUGUAUACUGGGUCUGGGACACGACCAACAGCCAGAAGAACGCCUUCAGGGCCAUCGAGAAGGGCAAGCUGGUGAAGCGCAAGACGUUCCCCCAGCUGCCGUGGCAGGUGGUGAAGAACCCCAAGGUUAUCGAGACGGGGUUGGGGGACAAGAUUUUGGCGGAUGGGUGGUACGGCAAGGCGAGAAAGAUUCACUAUAGCUGUGAUACGUUUUUUGCGCUGAGCUGGGGGUUGAUUACUGGGUUUGAGAGCCCGUUCCCGUGGUUUUAUGGGGUUUUCUUUACGAUUAUGAUUGCGCACAGGGCGUGGAGGGAUAUUCACCGGUGCAGGGAGAAGUAUGGGGAGGCUUGGAAGGAGUAUGAGAGGCAGGUGCCUUAUUUGUUUAUUCCGUACGUCUUUUAA